CUACUGUGGAAUGUUUUUGUUUAUUAUUUAGCAAAAAAAGACGGGGAUUUUUCGCAUUUACGCGAUGACUCUUUGGCCCACAUACUGCAAAAGAUAUUGCAAAUAAUUCUUAGAUCGCAAAAACAUACAUUGGUGGUGUUGACAAAAAAGUAGAUAAAAAAGAAUCCCCAUUGGAAUUAGUCAGAAUUUCGUUGACGAAAUGGCUACAUUGGAAAAACCAAAGAAAAAUAAAUCGAAAAAGCAAAAACCCAAGGAAGUUGCCCCGGUACCAAUAGACGACGAUGAUGAUGGUGAAAAUGAGGAGGAACACAAUGUGGAAGAGCAGUUAAAAACUGAUGUCGAGAAACUGGAAAUAAAUGCAGCUGAUAAUGACAUUGCAACGGGGGAGGAGGUUCAAAAGUCUAUCAGCAGCAGUGCGGGAAUUAAAAGCAUGGAAAACAUUGUUGCGGCUUCGGCAAAUGCAACAAUUGAUAGUAUAGUAACACAGGAGUGUUUUAUAUCUUCCGAUUACAAAGAACCGGACAACAAAGAUAAUGUUGAGACUGUUAUCAAAGAUACCGAUGGGGAAAUUGUGUGCGAGGCCAGUGAAGAUAGGGAGAUAUGUAUUGAAGCGGCUAGUGCCCCCUUAUCUACAAAUGAAGAGCAUAUAAUUGCCACUGAACCCUCAGCGCCACCCGCCUUAAGCUCAAGUUCACCCCAAACCACAUCGUUUCCUCAAGAACAUUUGAUGACUGCGACCACAUCUAAUAUUGCUCAAUAUCCUCAAAUACAAACACUGAGACAUGAAGAAGCAAUAACCGAAAUAGUUUACAAACCACCUAAAAUACGGUCUCCUGGUUUUCGUCUAUCUGCCAGUAGACUAGAAGCUUUAUCCCAUGACCAAUUAAAACAAUACUACCAUUGUCCGGAAUUAACAAUGGUACAACAAUUCGAAAUGGAAUUUCUUACAAAUUCCCUAUUGGAGACACACGAACAAGAUCCACUCUAUGCUGCUCUACAAGAAUAUUACAAUUUGCAGAGCAAACUAACAAUGAACCUACAUGAUGUCAAAAAAUUCCGCAAAGAGGCGGCAGCAGCUCAAGAGCAUAUCUGGGUGGAAGUUCCCAUUAUGAAAACAUUUUCCGAAAAGUGUGGUGACAGGGUGGAAGUGCGUGAAACUGUUACCUACAACAUUGUACAGGUUGAUGGUAAGAACUUGGAGGCCGCCACAUCUGCCCUUACCGUCUUGUUUGAUAUAAUUUCCAAUACAUAUACCAGUAACUUGAUUACAACCAAAAUCACCAAAAUUAAGAUUGAUCAAAUGAUUGAUGAAAUCAUCAUAUUUCAAAAUAGAAGUCAUGAUCAUUUAUUGGAGGGACCCCUUAAAUUGCACCCCCAUUUAGAUAACUAUUCUUUGCAAAUCAUAUCACAAAUAAGAAGAGCCCUAAGCAUACUCUUCCAUUUUUCAAGGAAAUUGUCACCAAACAAGGACUUUGCUAAAGAUCUCAAAUCUUGGUUUCAAAAACUUAUUUCAUUGCAUUUACGUUUGGCAACCAAAGAAGAUCAUUGGUUUUUGUUAUUCAACAUACUACGUUGUCCGAGUGGAGUUGGUGCCUGGGCAAGUGAAUAUUUGCAAAUACCUUGUAAUACCAAAGCUUUAACACCUAUUGCCUCAACUCCUACGGCCCAUACAAAUGAAGUUCCCCUACAAUUAAAUUCACCCGAAAUUGCCCACUGUAUGUCGGUUUUACAAGUCCUGUUACUGCCGAUUAAAAAACGUAAUGAAUACUUAAAACAAUUUACCCAGUCUCAAAAGGAAAUAACCGAUCCAGCUAAGGAAGAACGUUGGAUUCUCAUCGAUUCGGAUGGCGAGGAUAGUCACACAGCAUCGGGGGAUUGUGUGGGUCUUAAGGAGAGUGACUUGAUUGCCCUGCUCAACCAAAUACCAUUUGAGCAAUUGUUUAGAUCUGCCUUGACAAUAGAAAAAUUCCUGGAUGAUUACAUAAUUGAGGUGGAUUUAAUAUCGGCCCAACAAAUGCUUAAAGUAUUGGCAUUCUUUUCACAACUCAUUACCUUGUUCGGCGAGGGUAUGCUGACAUAUAGCACAGAACGUUAUAAACAAUUGGCCAAACGUUUGGGCCGCCUAAUGCGCCACUCGUUGCAAUAUGUUUCGGAUUAUUAUGAACUUUUCAAACAAAAUAAUCUUUCAAAAGAUGUGGCGGUUUGUGAACGUAUUGCUUUGGAAAACAAUGCUUUACUAUUGAAGGCCUGUAGUUAUAUAUAUCGAACUCGCAAUUUGGCCACAUGGCAAUAUUUUUCAUCUCUGCCAUUUUCUUCCAUGGAGGCGGAAAUUGUGUGGCAAAUAUUUUACUACUUAAAUGUUGGUUUCCCAGCCGAGUUUUCGCUGCCCGAAGAAGAUUAUAUGGAACACUUUGCUGCCUCCGAUUUUUGGGCCAAAUUCAAUGUGGCCAAUGCUGAUUCAUCGGAUGAAGAUCUAUACUAUUUGCUGCAGGCCUUCUUUGAAAUGGCCAAUGAUCGUGACAGGAACAAAGAUUGGGACUUAAUUAAAACCAUAUGUCUGCACAUUUUCAAUAUUGGUUACCUCAAUCAUGAUACCCGUGAUGUAUGCUACAAAGCAGCCCGUGAUAUGCUGGUCAACUUGACACUGGCCUAUGAGGAUUUACUCUCCUGCCUAUUGACACAAUUGAAGAUUCGCUUUAAUGACUGUGAAAAUGUUGUAUAUCUUUUCAAAUCACUGCCAUUGGAAAAUUGGAAACCAUCCAUGGAAAGUUUUGAAAUUCUUUCAAAUUGGUUGUUACAUUUUGAUUUUCGUUCUCCCGAGAAUAUGUUGGCUCGCAUUGUGAUCAGUCAUCUGAAUUGGUCUUUCGAUUGUGAUGGCCGCUUGUUUUUACCCCAUAAUAUACAUGUACGCAUGGCUUGUCUCAUAUCAGAGGCUCUUACCAAACAUGCUCCCGAGGUAUUGGGUCUUUCGGGUAUAUCGGAAAGUGUUAGACAAGUAUCAAGUCUAAUUGAUUUCACCCAAUCGACGAAAGAACAAUUUACAACAUGGUGUUGGAGUAUUGUAUCCUUGCUUCGUUUACACAUAAUGGAUCAAAACGUGGAAACAAUCAAACAAUGUUUGCGAAAUCCCUCAGAGGGUCUUAUGUUUGUGCCGGAAUUAGAACGCAUGGAUCUAAUUUAUCAGGGUGUUAAUGAAAAUCGACCAUUGGCUUUAUAUGUGGCUGUGUUGGUCUCGCUACAUGGUCACUCCAUACCGAUGAUUUGUCAAAAGGGUUUUGAGCUGAUGCAACGUCUGCUAAGUGAUCAUCGUCAUGCAGCUGUUAUACGAUGCUUAGAAUUAAUAGUACCAUUGUUUUUGGAAACUCCCGACACUCUGGGAAAUGCAGAGAAAUUCCAUGGCAUACUCAAUACACUGCUUAAUGCCGAUAAAACCUAUUUGAAAAUGGCCAAGGAUAUGAUGUAUCCGAAUUCGGUGGGACCGGUUUUGGAGUUAUUGGAUAAUAUGAUACAUCAUCAAAUUACGUCAUAUACCAGCUAUGGCUUGACUUCACCCUUAAAUCUCAUUAAUGUUUGGCUUAAUUGUCUGACGGCACUGCCCAAUUGGCAAAAUACCUAUGUGGUAUAUUUGUUGGAUAAGAUCCUGCGUGUGGCCUAUCAAUUUCCAGAUGCCCAUCUGCAGUGUGUGGAAUUUUUCAGUAAUUAUCUCAAGGACUGCAACGAAUGGAAGGGUACCAAUAAAAUGUCCAGUCUUAAGGGCUUCUUUGGUGGCAAUCAAUCCAAAAUACCAGUGUUGUCGGCAUAUCAACCAUGGUUGGCCAUGGUCUUGUUGGAAAUUGAAUUUAAGACACAAGAUUCUUUUAUAUGGCUCGAAUUGUUAAGACAACUAAGUUCGGCUGGCAGCAAUACCAAUAUGGAUGGUAUUUUAAAGAAAACUCUCAACCUGGCCAAGCGACCGGUGUUCCCAGCCAACAUGUUGGUCAUCUAUAAAUAUGCAAACUUAAUUGCCAACAUGGACAUCAAUCAUGCUCUCUUUCCCAUUGUCAAUCAGAAAUUUUUUGAAUUAUUUCUAUCACGUGUCCCGCCAAGUUAUGAUGAGCAUAGUUUCCAACAAACCCAUGGAGUCUCGGAUAAAUUUUAUGAAUUCAAUGUACCGCUUAUGAAGAAGAUUAAAACCCAAUUAAAAGCUGCCGAAACGUUCUAUGACAAUGAGGCCAAGACCCAUGCCAAUGAUGAGAGUUUCAGUUACUAUUAUCGUAACUGUAACAGAAUUAUGAAAACCUAUGCCCUGUGGCUUGAAGACACGGCCAUUAAUAAAAUGUCUCAAGAUCAGGAUUCAUAUCCACCACAGUAUAAUGGCGAAAAACUAAAGGAGAUUUUCAAUACACCAACUCAUCAUUGGACGGAAUUUUUGUAUUUACCAUUAAUACGCAAAGAGCAGCGCUAUCAGGCCGAUCAGUGGGCACGUAAAUGUUUCCGCUUUCGUUCUGUAAAACAACUGCGAACACCUCUCCAAUCCAAGGCAAAAUCUACGCCUAUUCAAAGAAUCAAAAGUCAUUUAAGUUCAUAUGACAAACAAUUGCCACCACCCACAUAUGUUCGACCCAAUUUGCGAAUACAGCAGGAAAUAACGAACGAAACAUUAAAAGAUCUAAAAGACAAAUUGAAAAUAUUAACGAAUACAGCAACAAAAUUCCAUUUCAAGACAUCCGAAUUGAAUUCGAUAAAUCGCAAUUACAUGGAUAACAUUGUACAGCUUUAUAAAAUGGUGCCUUAUGAAGAGAUCAAAAUUAAAAAUUGCAAUUCUUUGGUCUUCAAUCGUCGUUGCUCGAAUCCGGCCAGGAUUGUUACCACAUUGGAGAAAAUACGCAAAGAUGAACAGAUACAACAGAAAAUCGACACUUUUCGUGAGAGGCAUGACAAAAUCGUUGAUGAAAUGUUACAUGAAAAUGUUGAAGAAUUCGCCCGUAGUGUGGGGGAAAUUGGACAAAUUCUACGUUUGCUAUUGAUGAGGGGAAAUAAUGCAAACCACACGCCACAGGAUGUCGUUGAACGUUUGAAAUCUAAUACAGGAGUUGCAUUUUUCUAUCAUGUCAUUGACAAUAUGUCCGAGAUCACAAUGAAAUUUAAUGCCACCCAUAAAUUCUAUACGGAGCUGCUGAAUGAUUUGGGUGUCUUUAUUCAAGCCAAUCAAGAAGAGGAGGGCUUGAAAAUUUUGAAAUUGGCCUUGAAACGACCAAAUCUUUUGAAAUCCCUAGCCGGUGUCUUUGUACCCUGUCAAACCCGACCACCAUAUUUCCUCAAAAUGUAUAAAUUCCUCAUUGACUCCCAUUUGAAACUCUGUGAUACAAACACCUUAUUUGUGUUGUUUUCAAAGUUCGAUUUAAUUUUAUGGCUUGAAAACUUCACCCCAAAACUUUUCGAUAUCAACCAAUUGCUGCAGUUGAUUUUACAAGGUCUCGAGUCUUGGUCUCAGCCCUCAUCGAGUCUGUUACAAGAUCAAUUUCGUCGUCAUCUCGUACAUAUCUUCAAUUAUGAUUUUCCCGAACAUUAUGGUGAAGUUAUGCAAAUGGUUUUGGAUCGUAUAUCGGACAAUAAGUUAAUGCCCAUUGUCUUGUUGGAUCUACUCAAUAGUCUAUUGGAGAAAUUCAAUUGUGAACUAAUGCAAUUGGAUACACCGCAGCAUAGGAUUCAAAUGAUUUCCAUGGAUUUUGCCAGGAGACAGACGCUCUUCAAUCUCAAGGCUGCCACCGAUACGGUAAUGCUUUUCGCUCGUUACUUUCAAAAGGAGCGUCUUAGUCAUGGCCUACACGGUCUCUAUCCCAAGCAUAAGGACUACUGUAUGCCCCUGGCCAUGUGGUUUUCAUGCAUGGGCCAUUGUGUUGUUGUCUCGGCAAUUUGUACCUAUCAGGAACUACUGGCCGAUCAGAUAUGUGAUUUAAUUUUCGGUUCCAUUAUUGAAAUGUAUUCACCAUGGCUGGUAACCUACACCGAGGAGACCAUACGCCAGUUUUCGGCCAAUUGGAUAAGGCAAUUGGUGGAGAGUGGCAAUGGCAAACGUUUGUUGCCAUGGAGUGAGCAGCACGCCAAAACCAGUAAAAUAAUGAUUAAAAAUUUCACUCAAACCCUGAUGUUUAUUAUGGAAAAUCUACCAAUUUCCCACAAAAUAUUGGCCCAUUGCUUUAGCUGGUACAUUCAUCACUUUGCCGUACCCAAUAUUGAGAGUUACAUAUAUGGACCAAUCCAUGAAGGCAUUGCCGAAUUGCCCUGGGAAAAUUUCCAGCCCCAAGAUGAAUACGUAGAUAUGUUGUACGACAGUUUGCAAAAGUUCCUACCACAUUCCCAUGCCAUGUUGGGUCACAUUUUCAUACGUAUCAAUUGGAAUCAAUGGUUUGAAAGCACCCUAUUGAGCAUACCGGGUGCCACGCAUAAGACUCUGGUAUCCCGGCUGUUUACAAUUUUUGUGAAAAUAGCCUUUGAACCCAAUAUCCAUAUGCAAAUUAAUACCAGCAAAAUAUUGGAAGAUGCCAUUAAAUAUCCCUGGCACCGGGUGGACUAUGGCGAGUUGGAGAAUUUAUUAAAAUGGUUUUGUACAAGUGUUGAACCAACCAUUAUUCUGAAAUUGCCUGAAGAAACAAAUUAUGUGGAUAGGGCUGUAUUGGAUUUAUUGCGCUUAACCUGUGCAAUGAUGCCUGAGAUUGGCAAUCAAAUGCAACUUAUCUCCAAUGCCACAGCCAAACGCAUACUCUAUACUCGAACCAUGAUACGUUUACAACGUCAGGCUGCCACCAAAAAUCCCAAACUUUUGGCCACCAAGGAGGGUAAAAAAGUUUUCAAUACAGCUUUCGAAGAACUAUUGCACACGUUAAAUCAAUCCCUGAUUGCAUUGGCCGCCACUAAAUCGCCUGAGGAACAACGAAGAGAAGCCCUUAAUGUAAUGUUAGAAAUUAUAUUGCCAAUGCAGACACAAAGCGAAGAGACAUCGAACCUACACGUCGAAAGUAUCAUCAAAUGGCAGGUGAAUAUUGCCGAGCCGGGCAACAUAUUAAUGUGCAGCAUCCUCUCGGCCAUGGGUCAUAUGAAAGCUUUCAUUGGUGGGAUUUAUGAUCUAUUGGAAGCCAGCAUAAUCUUCUAUUUUCGUUCAUCGGAGUCCAGUUUGGAAUGGCAUUCACCCAGCUGGUUACAAUUGUUGCAAAUUUUACAAAUGUCUUUGGAGAAACUGGAGUUGAUGCCAAUAAUGCGUAACUCCUCCAUAUUCACGCUACACAUUUUCAUUCUCUAUAAAAUGGAAAAAAUGCCCACCGUGGGAGAUCAAAUAACGUUCAUGCAAGAUCUAUGUCAACUUAUUGAGAACAUUAAAACUGAACCGGCCACGGAAGCUAUGAUGGCUGUGGUAUGGGGUGCCAUGAUUUCAUGUGGUUGUCGUAUAUUCCUCACCGAACCGAGAAAUUCCAAGAAACCCUUGAUAAUGUUAUCGCGGCAUUUACAACAUCUGUCCACCCAGGCCGAAGGUUGGGGUGAUGGUAUUUUGGGAGCAAUCGGUUUGAAAAAGGACAUUGUGACAAACAAGCGUAAAGUGUUGACACGUUGCUUGGCGAUUGUGAUAUUAUCCUUAUAUCCCGAACUUAGGCAUUCCAUCAAUCGUGUUGAACCCAAUGAAGAGUACAGCUCAUCGAUGAGAGAAUUAUCCAUGCUAUUGGCCAAUAAAAAGUUUUUAGAUGUUAAACCUUUGAUUGUACAGGCCAUUGGUAUACUCGAAGAGAAUCCCAUGCCCAAAAUCCAAGAUGUUCCACAUUUGGUUUGUCGUCUAAUUUCACUUUUUUAUUGCAAUGGCUUCCUUACCACGGUACCCGAAGUUUGGGAAUUAGACUUCCGUAUUCCUGGUAUAUAAUUUGCGUUGACCACAACUGACCUUUAAGGUUUUAUUUUCGAAGUCUGUUUAUUAUUUACAUGCAAACAUACAUAUACAUAUAUUUUUUAUAUACUACAUACAACAAUACAUGCAUACAUACAUUUUAAAUGUACCUAAGCUAAGUGAUAUCAUUGAAAAUUUAAGCGAUUUUUUUCUCAUUCUUCCUUUUUUCAAAUAUUUACAAAAUAAAAUCAAUUUAAUAUGGUG